GCGCUGUCUAUUGCUCAGCCACGUAAGUCAGGGUCGUAUUUUUAUUCUUGAAAUUAUUUUAAUUACGUUUCUUUGCUAUAUUCCUGAAUAUGUAAGAGUGUUAUAACAACCCCAUAGUGCGUGUGCAGUUUUAUUGUGUUACAACUCCAUCCCGACUGCAAUUGUCAAGACAUGUCCAACUUGCCUCCGAACCCAUAUAAUAUCCCGGGGGCGCCUCCUACGAAUGCGAACCCCAGGCAGCCGACGUUCGGUAACAAUCCUGUGCCAUUGAGUCAACUGCCGCCGAGUUACUCUGGACUGAAGCAGGACACAAAUUCUAAUAGUCCUGUCCAUGGAGUUCAAAACAGUGUGAUACAAAAUGUGAAUCAUUUAAAUCAAAGUGCUAGUAGUUCUCCUGCUUUUAAUCACCCCGGAAUGAUGCCUCCACUUCAUCCAGGCCCGCAGCCCUCUCCUGUGGGACCUCCCUUAAAAUCAACAAUGUCACCAAGUCCUAACAUUCAACAACAUUUUAAUUCAGCCAGUCCAAGAACAGUGUCUAAUGUUAAUCAAUCCCCAGUACCUUACAACUUUCUGCCACAGCAGCGUCAAAUUAAUGACAAUGCACCUCCUCUAGUUCCUUCUAGUCAAUCCAAGCAGCCACUUACAAAUGGUCCUCCAUUAAGUUCUCUUGGACCUGUCUCUCAACCUCAAUACCCUGUAUCAACCAGCUCCUUUAGUCCUGUGGGUAUGAUGCCACCUUCAACUACUGCAGGACUGCCCCCAAUUAAUCCAGCAUAUGGACCACCAUUGGCUAAGCCUCCUGGACCACAAGGACAAAUCAAUCAGCCAAAUGUAUCACUGCCUAAUACUCAGUUUUCUGGACCGCCAAGAAAUAGUCCAUUGAUAUCAGGCCCUCCUUUAAAUGGACCUUCAAGCAAUACAGAUCAACAUGUACCUCCAAUAUCUGGUUCUCUGUUAGGACCUAGACCUACAGGAGUAAAUGGAACAAAUUUUGGAUUGCAACAAGGGCCACCAUUGCCUGGUAAUAAAUUUGGAUCGUCUGGACCUGCAAGUAAUUUUCAAUCUACUCCUAUGGCUCCAGUGAGUGGACCUCCGAAGGGCCCUCCAGUGAGUGGUGCUCCAUUUCAGUCAUAUCUAGGCCCUCAAAGAAAUGGGCCGUCUGGACCUAUGAGUCCACCAGGGCCUAUAUUGCCACCAAAUUUUAGUGGACCACCAAAUCUCCCUAGAAAUCAACCUGUAGGUUCUCAGAGUUUGCCUCCAAUGGGGCAGAUGGGACCUCCAAGUGGACCUUUAGGCCCACCAAGUGGUCCAAUGGGGCCUCCAAAAGCACCUGUGGGCUUAUUAAGUGGACCCAUGAGUCCUCCUACUGGUCCUUUGGGUCCUCCAAGUGGUCCCAUGGGCUUGCAAAGUGGUCCUAUGGGCCCUCCAAGAUCUAUGCCCCAAAGUGGACCUAUGGUUGCAAAUGUACCACAAAUGCCACUUGGAACUUCUGGACAUCUAAAUGGGCCUCCUGGACAGCCAAGCAACUUACCUCCUGCACCUGUCAGUUUACCACCCGGACCUUCAAUGAGCAACAUACAGAACCGUUAUCCACAAAUGCCACAGGGUAAUUUUGUGAGCCAGCAACCCCAAAGUAUGGGAAAACAAUAUGCCCAGUAUCCAAACCAGGGAUUGACACAGCAAAUGGGCCAGUUAAGUGUUACGAAACAAGGUUUUGAUCAGCUGUGGGGUCAUCACAUGGUGGACUUGCUCCAAUGCAGACACAUAUUACCAGAGUACCCUGAAGAUCCCCCGGAAAUACGGCUUGGACAUCAGUUUGCUGAGUCACCCAACUGCAGUCCAGACAUAUUCCGAUGUACUAUCAAUAAAAUUCCGGAUACAAAUAGUCUUCUACAGAAAUCGAGAUUGCCUCUUGGUAUCCUCAUACAUCCAUUUAAGGAUUUAAAUCAUUUGCCGGUGAUCCAGUGCUCGACCAUCGUCCGGUGCCGCGCCUGUCGGACUUACAUAAACCCGUUCGUGUAUUUUGUGGAUUCCAAGCGGUGGAAAUGCAACCUGUGUUACAGGGUCAAUGACUUGCCGGAGGAGUUCCAGUACGACCCGGUCAGCAAGUCGUACGGCGAACCGUCGCGGCGGCCGGAGGUGCGCUCGGCCACCAUCGAGUUCAUCGCCCCCGGCGAGUACAUGCUGCGCCCGCCGCAGCCCGCCGUCUAUCUCUUUCUGUUGGACGUCUCGCUCAUCGCCAGGGAGUCCGGGUAUCUACAGGUGGUAUGCGAAACAAUAAAGAAUAAUUUAGACGAUCUACCGGGCGAUGCGCGCACGCAGAUCGGCUUCAUAUGUUACGACGCGCACAUUCACUACUAUCUGAUGGGCGAGGGUCUCACCAGGCCUAAGGAGAUGACUGUUCUUGAUAUCGAUGACGUGUUCCUCCCGUCUCCGGAGUCGUUGGUAGUGAACGUGGGGGAGCGGCGGGAACUGAUCCGGGAGCUGUUGGGGGUGUUGGGUGCCCGGCACUCCGCCCCUGCGGCGCCCGGCAGCUCCGCGUGCGCCCUAGGGGCUGCCUUACAAGCCGCGUAUAAACUGAUGGCUCCCACGGGAGGAAGGAUCACAGUCUUCCAAACAUGUUUGCCAAACGUGGGUCCCGGGGCUUUACAGCCCAGGGAGGACCCGAACGCUCGUUCGUCAAAAGACGUGGCCCACCUCAACCCGGCCACGGACUUCUACAAGCGGCUGGCGCUGGACUGCAGCGGGGCGCAAAUCGCUGUCGACUUGUUCCUACUCAACUCACAAUAUUCUGACUUGGCUACUCUCAGCGGCAUGAGUAAAUUCAGCGCGGGCACUGUGUACCACAUACCCCUGUUCCGCGCGUCGCGCAGCUGGCAGGCGCAGCAGCUGAGCCGGACGCUGCAGCGCUACCUCACCAGGAAGAUCGGCUUCGAGGCCGUGAUGAGGGUGCGCUGCACUCGGGGCAUAUCGAUCCACACAUUCCACGGCAACUUCUUCGUGCGGUCGACGGACCUGCUGUCGCUGCCCAACGUGUCCCCGGACGCGGGCUUCGGCAUGCAGCUCAGCAUUGACGAGGCUCUGUCCGACCUGCAGCAGGUCUGCUUCCAGGCCGCCUUGCUGUAUACCAGCAGUAAAGGCGAGCGAAGGAUACGAGUGCACACACUGGCGUUACCGAUAGCCAGCAAUUUGACUGACGUGCUACACGCAGCCGACCAACAAUGUAUCAUCGGAUUACUUAGUAAAAUGGCCGUGGAUAGAUGCGCGUCGGCGUCGAUGUCGGAAGCGAAAGAGGCGUUGAUGAAUGUGGCGGUCGACGCGUUGUCCGCUUACAGACUGGCGCAGAACCUGUCCGCGGGCGCGCACAGCGCGGCGCUGCAUGCGCCCGCGUCGCUGCGGCUGCUGCCGCUCUAUCUCCUAGCUCUACUCAAGAGGAAAGCGUUCCGCACGGGUACGUCGACGCGGCUGGACGACCGCGUGGCGGACAUGUGCGACAUGAAGACGCUACCGCUGGGCGCGCUGCUGCGGGCCGUGUACCCGGACCUGUACCCGCUGCACAGUCUCCGCGACCACGUGUCCGCGCCGCAGCCCGGCGACGACGACUGUGCCGCGGCUGAUCCGCCUCGGCUGCAUCUCUCUGCUGAGAGAAUAAACGCAACAGGCGCUUACCUUUUGGACGAUGGAGAAACGAUGAUAAUCUAUAUAUGCCACGCCGUUAGUGCCGCCUUCCUAUCGGAUACGUUCGGAGUUACUGCCUUCAGCCAACUCGUGGAUGAGGCGAGGAGCUUGCCCAAGAUAGAUUCUGAAGGAAACGUGCUGCUUCACGAGUUCAUUGACAAGCUGAAUGAAGAUAGACCUUAUGCGUCCAAUAUUCUUGUAUUGAAAGACAACUCCCCAUCCCGGCAAGUAUUCACUGAGCGAUUGGUCGACGACCGAGUGGAGUCCGCGUUCUCGUAUUACGAGUUCCUGCAACACGUCAAGUCUCAAGUGAAAUGAGUGACGAGUGACGACUCAAUGUGGGCGCCGUGACUGUGAGUGCUAGCGACACUGCCCUAGAGUUGAUAUUGUGACUUCCACGUCAGGGAACCUACACGGCUGGCAAAAAAGAGUUUAUAACUCAUACUAGUUUUGUCGUGCGGCUUCGUGCGGUUAGGAAUGUUGUAUAGCCUACAAAUAAGGCUGUUAGCUGAAAUAUUUUUUUUCCUGUCAAGCAAUCAUACAAAUUCUUCGAUUGUAUCAGUAAAUUUACCGGAGUAUUCGUUUUCAUUUUUAUUCAUAAAUGAAGUUUCUUCUCUCUCUCUCAUCUGAGCGUUUUCCCGGUUACUUCCGCAGCCGUUGGGCGUCGGAGCCCAGGGUCCGUUUUUAUACUUUUUCUUCUCUUUCCCUUCGUACGGUCGUCGGCAUCCCUAGUUGUCAGACCAUGGAUGAAGUUAAAACAUUAGCUUCAUUUGCCCCGGGGCCUUGAACAAAAAGUUUAUCAACUCUUUUUUGCAGUCGUUUUAUAUAUUUACAAAUAAAUGUUAUGUGUUUAAAGUUUAUGGUAAGAUAUUCUUGAGCAAUAGAUUUGCCGCUAAGUAAUGUUUCAAGUAUCAAACGAUGCGGUCGAACUGAGGUCCAAACGGUUAUAACUAUAUAUUAUUUAGCUGUGGUAUAUAAUUUAUAUUGGCGUAAAAUACACAUGAAGACCUAAAUCCAAAGAUCAAUAAAUCGAACAUUUUGAAAUGCCAUCUUACAAGUUAUAAUAUGAAGUCCACUUGUCCGGACGGAUUUUUAUACUGUUUUCAGGUAUAAAAAUUCGUACUAUAAAAAACCGUAUAAAAAUACUUAAUAAAUAAUAAAGGUAAUUCCUGAGGAAGAUUUACGUAUAUAAUUUAUGGUUUUACGUGAUAUGCAUGAUUCAGAUUCAGUAGGUCUGUGUAAACAGACGCUAGAUGUACAAAAAAAGAGUAUCAUUUUUUGCCCUUUUUAUUUAAACGACUCCGGAGUAAGUUUAAUAGUGUAUUUUACGCCUAGUAUGAAUUAUGAAUUAGUGCCGAUUUCAGACUGAACCGAAUAUAUACAUGACAUUAAUCUUGCGUUUUAAGUGCCUGGUCUAUAUGGUCUAUAUACAUCAUUCAAACACUAAUUUACCGUGUUAUUUGUGAUUGUAAUAGUUGAGAUAUACAAAACUAAGGCUGUUGUUAGCUUUUUUGUGUUAUACUUUGUGCAUCAGGAAAUUGAAUUAUUGCAUAAAAGAACACCGUUGUGACCUAAUUUAAAAAAAAAACAUCCCGCGUAUUGGCGUCACUUUACCGGUAUUCUCAAAAUAUAUACUUUCUACAUAAUAGCGGAGCUGACGUUUCGAGUGAAAUUCCAAAGAUUUUCGAAUUUGUAUUUAUUUCAAUAGAAUACAAUUUAACAUGAAAUUCACGAUUAUAAUUUGGCAUUUUUAAAAUUUUGAUAUGCCGAAAAAAAUUUGUAUUCUUCAAAAAUAGCGUAGCCUUUUGUUUUUGUAAGAAUCACAAUGUUAGUUGUUUUUUUUUGUCUCAUUACAACACGGCAAUUGUUGAUUGCACGGCCGGACGAGUAUGUGAUUGUUCGUUAAGUUCUACAUUCUACUGAAUCGUCAUCAUUCUUAUAGAGUCGCGUUUGGGUUUGAAUAUCAGACUUGUUUUUUGACUAUAAUAGUCGAAAUGACAAUGGCAAAAAAAAAUUUAGACACGUUCGCGCAUGCGCAAAUUUUAAAGUUAUCUUUUCACAACACGUCCGUGUCUAUAAGCGAAUUUGCUGGCGCAUUAUUGUAGCGCAUUAUUGUUUUAAACAUUGUUUUUGAUAAAAUAAAGUCUGCCUUAUGAAAUCGAAAAAUGUUUAAACUUGAACGUGACUCAAUCAUAAAAUUCAUCAAGCGUAUGAUUUUUUAAAAUAUAAUUAUUAUUUAUAAUUAAACGGUUUGUUAUAAUGAACAAUAAUGCUAUGUUGAGUUUUGUAAAUAAAUCAAAUCAUUUGUAAUUCUUCACAUCAUUCAGAAUUUUUAUGCCGUCUAUGAGAAGUUAUACAAUAAUAAGAAUUUGUUAAUAUCUCAAAUUAUUGUAUAUUGUUUUUACAUACACUUUAACAACAGUUUAUUUACAAAAUUUAAUUUUAUCAUCAAUUUUGUGGCUAAAACAUGUUUAUAAUUAUUUUUGGUAAUAUUAUGUAGUUUUUCAGUCAUAGUGAAUGAACGAAGUGAAUGAUACAUAAAAUGUUAGUAUGUUUGCAUUACCGGAAUGUUUAUUUUUGAAUAGAUAACAUAAUCCAAUAUAUGCUAGACAAUGGUAUAUUUGUAUGACUGUAGAUAAAUAAAUUAUUCACAUGUUUGAUUCUACAGUUUUACGAGUAUGAGAAUAUGAAUGUAAUAAAAGCAUUUUUUUUCUUUAAGCGUUAUUUAUUUUGAUAUACAGAUGGUAGAGGAGAUAUGGAAAUAGAGUCGGAAAUUUGGAGUCCAAAGUUGAAGUGUUUCUGAUACUGCUCCUGAAUAAAAUGUGGUAUUAAAAACGUUUUUCUUUUGCGAGCUUAUUUUUUAGGAAACAAUAUUAUGUCCAAUACUAUAAAUUCCCACAUUUAGAUAUCAAAUCUAUUGAUUGUACUCAUAAUUUGCUGUCAGUUGCUAGCUAGUUAGUCUUUAACAACUCUAGGGCACGUCGCGCCGGUAAAUAAUGUAUUAACUCGAUAAUUUCCAAGUGACGCAAUAAAAGAUUAUAUUUUUAUUGUAAUUCGGUAUUAGGUGUAAAAUAGUUUCCAAAAUUCUUGUAUUUAUCAUUAUUUGAUAUUGAUUUGUCUGUAAAUUGAUAGGAUUAUUUAUGAAAUUAUAGUUAGAAUGUUUUAUACUGGAACGAGUUCUUGUUGGGUUAGGCUGUAAUUUUAGUGCAUAAACAACGAUGCAUACGAAUAUAAGGAGGAGUGUAAGAAGGAAUGCAACUUUAGGACAAUGUAAAAACGUGUGUUGCUAUAUGCAGGAAAAAAACACAUAGUUCGUUUUUUUUUUUUCAAAUUUUCGCAUAUAAAUUGCCGAACUAAUAAUCGGGGUGAUUUUUGGCGUUAUUGUUUUCCACUCAGUGAGCAUACAAAUAAGGAAUUAUCAAUUACGAUUUUUUUUUGCUAGAAAAUUAUGUAUGUAUGUAGUAUGAAACGAUAAGUUUUAAGGCAAAUAAUUCCAUACUGAUUCGGAGCUGUAAAUUACUGAAAAAUGUAGAUAACAUUUUCGCUAAAUAAAGGAGAAAAAAGUUUCGUUUUUGUUACGAAUAUAUUAUUGCAAUGUAAACAUUGAUUAAAUUGUGUAAUCGAUGUGAAUUAUUUAAAAAAUGUUUAUUUACAUAUUUAUUUACAUUUUCUAUUUAAGACGAUAAUAAUGCCCGCUUCUGGCAUUUUUGCUUUAUUUCAAUGUGCGCAUAAAAUAAUACACCUUAGAAAUGACCAAAACUGGCUUAAUUUAAUUUGAAGGAGUAUGUGGUAUAUGCGGUCAUUUGAUGUAAAUUUAUUAGUAUGGGUUGCACUGUCAACAUUGACGUUAAUUUUAACGUGUGCAGAAAAAAGAAGAGCAAAGUACGCCGUCAGUAUUUAGGCGCGCACGUUAAAAUCAACGUCAAAGUUGACGGUCAACCUUAGUGUCAAUAUGAGCCAUGGAAUUAGAGUACCUACUAAUUCCAUGAUAUGCAUUGACACGAAACCUGCAUUGGGGACUAUAAAACUGCCGCUAUAGUAGAGCAGUAGGAAAAGUUAGUUGUAUGUCAUUAAGCUUAAUUUUUAUUACGAAACUAGAUGCAUGAAAAUUUCAACAAUUUCAUGUGUAAUGGUCUAGUUCUGUUAUGAAGAUAACGUCACGAAACUAUUUUUAUGAUAUUAGUUUCAUAAUAGUCUUAGGACAUUUGGGAUAGGUUAGUAUACCUUUGGUAGUUAAGAUUGAUACAAAACAAAUCAAGCAUUGCAUUUCGGUUGGCCGCAUAUACCAAAUCGCACACUAAAAAGCUACUAUGUAAAAAAACUGUGGUGUCAUGUCCAGGCCACACCGCUGUAGAAUUAUUAUAUACAGUUAAAACGGAAUCUAUUAAACACGCGCCAGUAUGCUAUCUUUCGUGGGUGAUAGACGUGCGAGGAAGUACGCGAACUUGUGGUGGACGACCUUUUCGCCCGUGUGUCACCGCAAAUAUCUACGUAUACUUUCGAACCGCUGCGCAAGGCGUCGGCGAUCCAACCGGUUUAAACACGAGCCGAUAUGAAAUUGAUAUUAUUUAUAAAAGAAGCUUUCAUGUGGGUCGCCGAUGUCGAGCAGAGUAAGAUUGCAAACUUAAAAAACGCGUACGUUAAGUUUGGUCGUCUGCCACCCAUUUUGUCAGAUUAUCGGAAGCAAUCCAUAUUUUUGUUGACAGAAAUGAAACUGUACAAUAUCAGCAUUGUUAGCAGACUGAACUCAAAGCCUUGUAACUUGUUUCAAUAUAACGAAUCUAAAAUCA